CCCCAACAAGAGCGCCAUUGUCGCCUCACCACCACCCUCCUUUCAUUGCCUCUCCCCACCACACCCCCCUCGAUCGCGGCCCUCGAGCAUGACCUAGCUGGCCCUCACUUCCCUCUCACCAUGGCGGCCGCAGCCGUGGACGUAGCCUACUUGGCCGUGUCGUUUGCGGUGCCCCAGUCGCAGAUACAAUCGCUACUCGACGACCCCACCACCGAACUCGUCGCGUCCAUCCUUUCCCAGAUCGAGUCCAAGGCUCGCGAACACGACGACGUCAAGGCUGAGAAGCUCCGCAUCGAUGUGGAGCUAGAAAAUGCUGUUCGCUCUGGAGACUCCCGCGCCAAAGCACUCAAGGCCUCCGUGGACAAAGGCCUCAAGGAGGUUGAACAUCUCAGACGGAAACUCAACGAUGAAGAGAAUGCGCGCGCCCAACUCGAGACCGAGCUCCAGACCCUCAAGUCCUCUUCGUCCAACUCGACCUCCGAAGUCCAGGCGCUGCAGUCCCGAAUCGCUCUUCUGGAAGCCUCCAACCGCGAUGCGCUUUCCCUCGUUGAAUCG